GCCCAAGCCGGCCGCCGCCGCCGCCGCCGCCGCAGCCGAGGCGCCCGGGGCCGGCGCGGGCAUGGAGCGCUCGCAGAGCCGCCUCAGCCUGUCCGCCUCCUUCGAGGCGCUCGCCAUCUACUUCCCGUGCAUGAACUCCUUCGACGACGAGGACGCGGAAGGGGAUAGCCGGAGGCUGAAGGGGGCCAUCCAGAGGAGCACGGAGACCGGCCUGGCAGUGGAGAUGCCCAGCCGGACCCUGCGCCAGGCCAGCCACGAGUCCAUUGAGGACAGCAUGAAUAGCUACGGCUCGGAGGGCAACCUUAACUACGGGGGAGUUUGCCUGGCGUCAGAUGCGCAGUUCAGCGACUUCCUCGGCAGCAUGGGGCCAGCGCAGUUUGUGGGCCGCCAGACCCUGGCCACCACGCCGAUGGGGGAUGUGGAGAUCGGCUUGCAGGAGCGGAAUGGCCAGCUUGAAGUGGACAUCAUCCAGGCUCGGGGACUGACAGCCAAGCCAGGCUCCAAGACACUGCCAGCGGCCUACAUCAAGGCCUACCUGCUGGAGAACGGCGUCUGCAUUGCCAAGAAGAAGACCAAAGUCGCUCGCAAGUCGCUGGACCCACUGUAUAACCAGGUGCUGCUGUUUCCUGAGAGUCCCCAGGGCAAAGUCCUGCAGGUGAUCGUGUGGGGGAACUACGGGCGGAUGGAGCGGAAGCAGUUCAUGGGUGUGGCCCGUGUGCUGCUGGAGGAGUUGGACUUGACCACCCUAGCUGUGGGCUGGUACAAGCUCUUCCCCACCUCCUCCAUGGUGGACCCAGCUGCGGGCCCCCUGCUCCGGCAGGCGUCCCAGUUGUCCCUCGAGAGCACCGUGGGGCCCUGUGGUGAGCGAUCUUAGGGCCGGGGUUGGGGGGGCUCCCCGACAAGGCCUGGAGAACACCCAGCCCCAACCUGGGACCCCAGGCCCAGGGGCACAUUGAAUACAGGAGGACGGGGUUCUCCCCCACAGCGGGGAAGCAGAACGGGGAAACCUGCCCCCCAGGGCCCCUCCUCACCCUCUCUUUGCCUCCUACCCCCUGAGACCUUCCCUCUCCCAACGGGAUUGGCUGCACUUUUGACUUGGCCGGUUCUUGACCUGGUGGAUGUGGCUGCAAUCCGGAGAAAGGAAAGACUGAGGUGGCAGAGCAAACCAUCCUCCUGUCCCAGACACUGUCCAACUGCUCCCCCUUUUUUGCCUCCUCGGAAGCUCGCUGCCCGGAGCCAAGUCCAGAACCCAGCGGCCAUCUCCAUGGUGCCAAUUACCAGCAAGUGUCUUUCCUGCGGCACCGGGUUCAGGCAGCUACUCCUGCCCCAAAGCCAAUGGGGCAGCUUUGCAAGGAUCCGGAGCCAGCUCUGGGGGGCCCAGAGCCUCCCACUUGAAGAGGAGCUCGGCCUCCCUCCGCCUGCCUAUGGAAGGAGCUUUGCCGCAGCCUGUCUGAGUCCAUCUGUCUGUCCCUUCCUGCCUGCCCCUCUUCCAGUGGCUCUAGGAAUUGGGGUCCAGCAGGGACCAAAGGAAAGGAGGCGGUGCCCUGGGCCUGGCACAGACCCCCAGGGUGCCCUGCUCCGUGGGAUUGCAACAAGCUAGUUUGGAAAUGGUGGACUGGAAGGAACUGGGUUGUCUGCAUUUUGGUGGAGGAGCUGCGGGACCUUGAUUUUUGAGAACCCCAAGUCCAGAGAGCUCACCAUCUCUGAAUUUUGGGGACGCUGGAUUGGAGAGGGAGUCUGAGUAAAGUUGGGAUUGGGACUGGUGGUGCCAAGGCAAGGGUUUCUCAAAUAGGAGAAUCCCUCCUCGUUGGAUGAGGUCAGAGGUCUUCUUGUCCACCCCUCUGCCUCCAGGCUAGGGGUCUGGGGAGGCAACAGAGCUUCCCUAUUUUAGUUUUUUUAAACAAACCGUCCUGUACUAAGGGCAGAACCCACUGCCCCGGCCUCAACUACCUUGGCUCA